AUGGGCAUGAGUAGCGGUUUGAUCGUGGCCGGCAUUGCCGGCGCAACCGCAAUUGGCAUCUCAUUUGCCGCGAUUCCGUUUCUUGCUCCAGCAAUGCGUCGCGUCUGCAUUCCUUUCGUGCCCGCUACCCCCGUACAACUCAAAAACGUAUCUCGCGCUCUAGCCGAAUGCACACCGAAGCAAGGCCCGCUCAUUGAUCUGGGAUCCGGAGAUGGACGUGUAGUGAGUUAUACAUUAAAUCGUUCACCUUUUCUGUUUCAGAUGAAGUUCGGCGAGCAGCUGGCUAGUCACUUGACACCCGAAUGGCGCAAGCAGUACAUCAACUAUGAGGCACUCAAGAAUCUUCUCUAUGACAACAUGAUGGAAGUUCCAUCCGAAGAAGAACGCCGCGAGGAGCACAUUGCUCAGAUCGAUGAGAAAUUCUUCAAUGAAUGUGAAAAUGAGCUCACUAAAAUUAAUCUUUUCUUUUCACAAAAGAUAGCAGAAGCCCAAGGAAAAUACCAUGAGUUACAGUCUGAACUCCAGAUGUUUAAGGAAGUGGUCCAGUCACGCACCGAACCAACAACCUUGAGAAAGAGAUUUGGCGGUCGUGAUAAGCUGCAUAAGGAGACUAUUAAAACUAGUCAACAGUUAAAGCUAGCAUUCUCAGAGUUCUAUCUUGGUCUUGUUUUGGUGCAGAAUUACCAACAACUGAAUGCAACAGGAUUUCGGAAAAUUCUCAAGAAGCAUGAUAAGCUGACCGGGAAUGAGCGCGGAUUGGACUGGCGAAUCAACAAAGUUGAAAAGAGUUCCUUUUUUCUCAACCGAGAAAUUGAAACAUUAAUAAACAAUGUUGAGACAUCAGUAAUUAAUGAGCUUGAAGGUGGAAAUCGUCAAGCGGGAAUGAAGCGUCUCAAAGUUCCUCCACUUUCAGAGAAGCAAAAACCUAUCACUACUUUCUCCCUUGGUCUUUUUAUGGGCGCCAGCAUUAUCCUAAUUCUAUCGAUACUUUUGUCGUGGUGGGGAGCAAGCACACGCCCUAACGAACCUCAAUGGGUUGCGGUUCGGUUGUUCCGUGGACCGCUUCUGUUAUUUCUCUCAAUUUUCAUGUGUGGUGUGAAUAUGGCUGGAUGGGCAGGUGCUGGUGUAAAUCAUGUGUUGAUUUUUGAAGUCGAUCCUCGUCAUCAUCUUUCCUACCAGACACUAAUGCAGAUAGCGGCAUUCAUGAUCAUGCUGUGGGCAUGUGCGGUUCUCGCUUAUCUAUAUGCUCAUCUUAUUCAUAUACCCCCAUUUGCCCCUCCUCUGUUGCUAAUGAUAGUAUGUGCCGUGAUCAUGUUCAAUCCUCUCUCAAAACCAGAUUAUCUGUUUCACAAGAAGUCGCGAUGGUGGCUGAUUCAGCAUUGUUACAAGUGCUUCACGGCUCCACUUCAUUUUGUCACCUUUACGGAUUUCUGGCUGGGUGACCAAAUGAAUUCACUUACUACAACCUUCCUCGACUUUCAGUAUUUCUUAUGUUUCUACUCGACAGAGGUCGACUACUCAUUAGACAAUUUCCUCGCGAUUCGAGCAAUGAAUGCUACCACCGGUGCGGUGCCAUGGGGCUAUGUUGACAUAACUACAGGCAAGGAUAUGUGUAUGUCUGCGUCAGGAGUACGAUCAUUCGUGUCGAUCAUUCCGGCUACCGUUCGAUUUAUGCAAUGUCUACGGCGAUAUCGUGAUACCAAGCGCGUCCAUCCACAUCUCGUUAAUGCUGGAAAGUAUUCUACUACGUAUCUUGUAGUAGCCUGUGGAGCUUUGAACAAAUGGGCUGAGAAAUCUGAUCCAAACGUAACAUCACCAUUUUUUUACAUAUGGAUCGCAUCUUAUAUCCUUUCUUUCACUUACACCUUUUUAUGGGAUGUCUUCAUGGAUUGGGGCUUGAUUGACCCUCGAGCACCAAAAGAAGCACCGUUUCUUCGUGAAGAGAUGAUUUACGGGAGCAAAUAUUAUUAUUACGCUGCUAUAGUCCAAGAUUUUGUAUUACGUCUUUCGUGGGUUCUCAACGUGUCACUGGGCGAAGCGUGGACGCUGGACUCUGAUUUUCUUACGACCUUGACAGCACCGGCUGAAGUGUUCCGUCGUUUUAUUUGGAAUUACUUCCGUCUUGAAAAUGAGCAUGUGAACAACUGUGGUCAAUUUCGGGCGGUCCGCGACAUCUCGGUGAAACCAAUUCGCAAAGGAGAUUUAGAAUCGCUGUUGUCCAAAAUGGAUCAGUGUGAUGGAGUCACACAUAGAGGUCAGGAUCUCAUGGAGAGAGUGAAGAAGCAGAAAAAAGUCCAGAAGACCACACGAACACUCUUGCGAAAGGCGCGUUUCAACCGACUCAUUGCACCGGUUGUUUCAUCGGCUGCUACAACCCUGGUUAUGCAAUGUGCCUCCGAAGGUAUCGCUAGUACCGGAGUGGAACUGAACGGGAUCCUGGUGGCGUAUUCGAAGUAUCGUGCUGCUAGAGCUGGUCUCAGUAGCAAAGCUAGAUUUCGCCGAAUGGAUAUUUUUAAAACCGACUUGGAACGUUUCAAUACGGCGCUGAUAUUCGGUGCCGAAAACAUGAUGGUUGAUUUACUACCGAAGCUGAGUGAAAUGAGGUCGGGUGCAUCGUUGUUAUGUUGUCGAUUCCCUCUUCCUGAAUGCGACCAUUUUAAACCAAUCGCUCAAAUUGGCGAUGGUAUCGAUGCUGUAUACGUAUACGAGAGGAUAUAG